AUGGAUAUCAAGAGGGUGAGUUAUUCUAAUUACUAGACCUUGUUAUUGGUUUAGUUGUAAGACAUAGAUAAGAAAAGUACAUUGACGUCGCUAAGAUUAGAUUACUCGGUAUAGUUAAGUAUAGUGACAUAAAAAAUAGACAUAGUUAAGUAAUUACAUAGUAAAAUAUUAUAUAACUAUGAUUGUGACCUUGUCGUAUCUUCAGAUCAAACACAAGGUCGACGAUUCUCGAUGGAGAAUCACACCGUAUCGGAACGGCAACAGUCCUCGCUACACUUUCGACGAGAUUGUCGCUGACAGGUAAACAAUGUCAUUUUAAAUUGCAUACUUUAGUGUGAUUUAUAGGGGUUUACUGUGGUGUUACUCCUAGUAAAUGACAUUACAUACUUUGUUGUCACUCAUGGUAUUAUGUUGCUAUUAGAUAAAGUUUGGUAAUUUCUAUCGUAUUUUAGCUUCGACAGUGUUAAGAAGCUGGGCAUUAACGCGAAACAUUGUCAAUUGUACGAAAUGUACAAUCCGAACCUUGGCAGACUGCGCAGGAGUGAGACUUACAGUGCACUGGCUCCGACCAACGGAAUGAAGUUCUUGUAGGUCGCUUAAUUUUUGUCGUAUUUUACAUUGCAACAAAAGCUUUUGUUUUUCAUUUUUUUCGAAACUUUGUUUUAUUGCACAGUGCAACACUUUAAACUUCUUUUGCACUGUGCAAUAUUUUUAUUCAAUGCACCGUGCACAAAAAUAAACAAAAAACAAGUGCACGGUGCACUUAAUUUUGUUUGCACGGUGCAAAGAGAAGGAAAGCGGCUGCACUGUGCGGUAUUCACAACUGUCGCAAGUUCUGUCCUCAACAUCGUUGCGAUCUUCAUGAAAAUCGGGAAGAAGCGACAAUUUCCAAAAAGCCAUUCUGCGAUAAGAGAGCUGCAACAAGCUGCGACAACAGCAGUUGGACUUGUCGCCAUUUGUCCUCUGUCGCAAUGUCGUUCUGAUUGUCGCAACUUCCACAAAAAUGUUCCUGGCUUUUGACGCGAAACCUUUUUGUCGCAUUUCUCGUGUUUGUCGCUGAACAUGUUUCAAUGUCGCAACUUUUAAGUUUGUCGCAAGCUUGUCUGCUUUGUCGCAACUUUUCAGUUUGUCGCGAAAUCUGUUUGUCGUCGCCUUUGUCAUGAAUGCGUUGGUGGUCGCAUUUCUUUUGGCUUAGGUUUAAAAAUUGCGACUGCGACAAAAGCCGCAUUUGGUUUAACGACAACUUCGACUUUCAACAAAAAACAUGGCUUCAAAUAGUCGCCAAUCCCUCUGAUCGCCGAAAGAAUUGGUUUUUGCACUGUGCAAAUCACUUUCCGUAAUGUCUCUGUUGCACGGUGCAGUGUAAAAGCGUUGAUGAGUGGUUUUCUUGCACGGUGCAAGUGUUUCGGGGAAUUUUUAAUGCACGGUGCAGAGGAUUUACAUGUUUUGCACGGUGCAAAAGAAUAUUUUCGGUUGUUUUUGGUGUGCACGGUGCAGUAUUUACGCUUUUUUAUUUUUUUAAAUAUCGUGAUAUAUUUAAAUUUCCUUUGGCUGUCGCAUUAAAUUGAUUUUUAAAUUUAUGUGGGCAGAGUAUCCUUUUCAGAUAUUACUAAAGGGUCUUGGAGUUUUAAAAAUUUAAAUUUCGAAAUUUAAAUAAUGAAGUAUUGAUUUUAGGUUACUUUUUCGAAAUUUAUUUAAAAUUUUGCAGCGACAGAUUUGUGCCCCCAGACAUGCGACCUUACAACCCCUACAAACCGAAGGGAUCCGAGUGGAAAUUGGCGUCGGAACGGCAGGGUAAGACCAUUCACACCCCCGCCAACAUCACCACCGACAGCCCUCAGCUACCCCUUCCACUUACGAUCCGUCGCCAAUACCCAGUCCCAGCCGACCCAACACGAUACGAGAACUUUGCGACGUACUGGGGAGGUCGUGCUCGAGGGUUGGAGUACACUCAGCACUCGCUGCACGACCCCGACUACGACACUUACGGCAUCACCGAGGACCGACGGUACCAGCGGCUCUACUGGGCGCCUCAGGUCAUUGAGAAACAGCCGACUGCCAGACAUGCGCGACAAGUCAUCAUGAUACCGUACUACUAA